GAAGAAGAAGAGUAGCCACGCCUAGGCCAGGAUGUAAACGCAAGAGUCGUUUGUCUACGUUUGUAUCUGUCUGGAGAUGAUGAUAUAACAUUUUGAACGGACUAUCAACGUACUCGACAGCUUGCAUGUUAAAAUCAAAGUAUUAGCAGCAAUGUUAGCAAAAGAGUUCCACGUGAAUAUAUUUAACCGGCGGGUCAUUUAUUUACACGAUGAUCGGCUUUUUAUGGGAGCACAACGUUAAAGAAUGUAAUCACGUGAAAGCGUGGCAGCAGAACAGAAUAGAAGACUUUUUUCAGGAACCAUGAGAAGAUCUGUGAAACCGCAUUGUCCUUCCAGAAAGCUGCUUGUUCUAUUACUAAGCCUGGCGUUGAUUUCCCUGGCUCUUUUAAAACUGCCUUCUUUUAACACUGACCCAAAGCCUAUUGCAGUCCCAGUAGAUCUCAUCUAUCGAGAGCGUGUCCAUUCAUAUGUUCAGAAGGUGCUGGCCAAAGAAUGCAGACCUUUUUAUGUCCGACAGAGAAUGGAAGCAGAUUAUUUCAGCUCCAUGCCAGUGAGGAAGCCCUUUUUGGACAAGAACACUGUUUUAAAUGAAGAAAUAUUUAAAUAUCCUCCACCCUUUGGAUUCCUGGAUAUGAAAGAGCACCUUAAGGAAGUAUUGGAUCUCCUUCCUCCUUCAGAGGAAGAGCUUGAAGGGCGGGAGUGCCGUCGGUGUGUUGUGAUUGGUAAUGGAGGGAUACUAAAAGGAUUGGGUCUUGGGCCUCUUCUUAAUCAGUUCAAUGUCAUUAUAAGGUUAAACAGUGGGCCUGUGCAAGAUUUUAGUGCAGAUGUUGGAAAUCGCACUUCAUUCAGGAUGAGUUACCCCGAAGGUUCUCCUAAGGUUUGGGAAGAUACAGGCUCAGAUCUCAAGUUUGUGGCUGUGAUCUACAAAUUGGUAGAUUUCCACUGGCUUCGUGCCAUGAUCACCAAAACAACAGUUUCACUCUGGGACUGGCUAUUUUUCUGGCAGAAGGUUCCAGUCACAGUUCCAAUUGAGGCCCCCCAGUUUCGCCUCCUGAACCCAGAGAUCAUUAGAGAAACGGCGCUGAUUCUGCUUCACUAUCCCACACCUAGAAAACGACUCUGGGGCUGGGACCAGAAUGUCCCCACUUUAGGUGUGUCAGCUCUCAAUUUGGCAACGUACAUAUGUGAUGAAGUCAGCUUAGCCGGCUUUGGCUAUAACCUUAGCCAGAAGAACGCCCCUCUUCAUUACUAUGAUGAGCUCUCCAUAACAGCCAUGCUAAAGGAAGCCAUGCAUGACAUACAGACUGAGACAGCUUUACUCAAACAGUUGCUCACGUCAGGCACAAUCACUGAUCUUACAGGAGGAAUACACUGCAACUUCUGUUCAAGCUAAAUGCAUUGAACAUUACCAGACAUCACUAUUACUCAUGGUAAACAUACUACUGCUAAGUAUUUUCUUAAUCUUUACACUGUGAAUGUUAUUUGUUGUAUUAAUUAUGUAAAUAAUGUUUAAAAGUGUAAUAUAUUUAUUUUUUUUAUUAUUUAAACGGAUUGCUUUUGUAUUGCCAUGAUUAAUAAUUACCUAUGGAUUUUUUUUUAUUAUGUUCCUUAGUUAAAUAAGUGCAAAUUUUAGAAAUUGUCAUGUCCAUAACAGAGAAAUGUCACAUCCAUAACACUGUUUCUGCCUCACAAAUGCGCAUACAUAACUUUAAAUAAAAUAAAUAUUAAAUGUUCUUUGAA